AUGAUCCCGGGGCACGGGCCGGUGAUCCAGUCGGUGCUGGGAACCUUCCUCACCUGGGGGCUGACAGCGGCUGGCUCGGGGCUGGUGUUUGUGUUUUCCAGCGGGCAGAGGCGGAUCCUAGAUGGGAGCUUAGGCUUCGCUGCGGGGGUCAUGCUGGCCGCUUCCUACUGGUCCCUCCUGGCCCCGGCUAUCGACAUGGCGGAGGAGUCUGGCAGCUUCGGAGCCUUCGCUUUCUUCCCGGUGGCCGUGGGCUUUGCCCUGGGAGCAGCUUUCGUGUACUUCGCCGACCUGCUCAUGCCGGCACUGGGUUUCAGCGGGCCUCCCCACGCAGCGUUUGCCUUGAGCUGUGACCAACGAGCGGUGAAGGAAAAAUAUGAGCAUGAACCUGCCCAUCACCUGGACUACGAGAGCGAGUUGUCCAUCCGGAUAGGUAGAGCUGGGCUCCAUCCAGACAAAGGUGAGAACGGGGAGCCCUAUCAGAGGAGGAAGGGCGCCGGUGCCAGCCUGCCAGACGGCCCCCCGGCAUUCCCCACGGCCAGGGACAGUGCCCCGACGGCCGGCAGCAGCAGCUGGAGGCGGAUUAUGCUGAUGAUCCUCGCUAUAACCAUCCACAACAUCCCAGAGGGUCUGGCAGUGGGAGUUGGAUUCGGGGCUAUUGGAAAAUCUGCAUCUGCGACCUUCCAAAGUGCCAGGAACUUAGCAAUCGGGAUUGGGAUUCAGAAUUUCCCGGAGGGCCUGGCCGUCAGCCUGCCUUUGCGUGGCGCUGGAUUUUCAACGUGGAAAGCGUUCUGGUACGGGCAGCUGAGCGGCAUGGUGGAGCCCUUAGCCGGCGUCUUCGGUGCCUUCGCUGUGGUGGUGGCAGAGCCUCUCCUCCCCUACGCCUUGGGCUUUGCGGCUGGAGCAAUGGUCUACGUGGUGAUGGAUGAUAUCAUCCCUGAGGCACAGACCAGCGGCAACGGGAAGCUGGCUUCCUGGACCUCGAUAUUAGGAUUUGUGGUGAUGAUGUCCCUGGACGUUGGGCUUGGGUAGGCCAGCGCACUGCUCCCCAGGAGAAGACUUCAGAGCAAAUUGUGCGGCGGCGUUUGGAACUGGACAUGCGUUACCCUCUAGACUUUUUUUGUAUAUAUAUUUUUUUUUGGAUCUGGUUUGGUGUUGAUUUCCUAUAAUUUUAUAUCUCUUCCUCCCCUCCAACGUCAUGUCGAUGGUUUUCAAAGCACAAAUACGGGUGGUUCCUCGCAGGUCCUGGUUUCCUUUCGCCACCAGAUUUUCUUUUCCUUUCAGGAAGGUUGUUGGACGACGCGUCGGCUGAGCUGCAGGUCACCCUGUCCUUUCCCUUCCACGCUGGGCUGGUUUCUCUGAGUCAGGUCGCUCUGGGUUUUGAUCAUCUUUGUUCUGUAGAAGAUUAGAAAUUCACUGUCGCGUGUUUAAGCUGGUCUGUGGUUAAGUACCAAGGCAUUUGAAUGGAGUAAACUCCUUACGGAGUCUCGAUUUCCACACUGUUUUUGAAGGGCAGGUGGAAGGCAUUAGGGCUAAGAUAACACGUGCAGCACUGCGGGAUCGCAGGUCUCGUGUAUCCUGCUGGUCCUUGGGAAUGUUCUAGGGUGUUAGUUUUGAUGGAUGCAAAUAGUCCAGGCAAAUAAAAAUGAAUUUUCUCGGGAUCUCUGCAAGAGGGAAAUGUCAUUUUUUCCUAAAUUUAUCUCCUAAGCGGAGCUUUGUUCCAGUGCAUUGUGUCCAAUACCUCGAGGUUUUCUCUGAAGAAAAAAACAAACAAACGAGAGAAGAAUAUUUGUGUUUUCUAGCAUGUACUCUUUGAAAUGGCAAGGUGU